AAAAUUUUCAGUAGUAAACUAAACCCAAAUAACAUAUUAAGCAAAAACAAGUCUAAAAAAUGUGGAAAGGAAGUAAGAGUUUUACCGAAAGAAGUGAGAAUUUUCGUCACAAAAAUCAUGAAGAGAGCCGGAUGCUCUGAAGAAAAUGCGGAAACUCUAGCUACUGUUUUAUCUAUGGCGGAUUACCGAGGAUCUUUUGCCUAUGGAUUGAACAAACUUGAAAAAUACUACAACGAAGUUAAAGCAAAAACCUGCGAUGGGCUAGCUGAGCCUGUAAUAGAAAAAGAAUCGUGCACGACUGUCUAUAUUAAUGGAAAAAAUGCACUUGGACCGGUUAUAGCGAAUUUUGCUAUGUGUCAAGCUGUUAACAAAGCUACAGAUAUUGGAAUAGGAGUAUCGUCAGCAUACAAUUGUCAUCAUCUAAUAUUUGGAAGUAAAUAUGUGGAAGAUGCUGUUCAGAAAGGAUUCAUUGCCUUUGCGUUUUGUAAUAAUGUACGAACGUUGAUUCCCUUUAGAACAUCUCAAGUUGCUCUCGGUACAAAUCCAAUUACUGUAGGGUCUCCAGGAGAAUGUGAUGACUCUUUUUUAUUUAACAUGUCCUGUACAAAUGUACCAAUGGGAAAAAUUGAACUUCAAAAGAAAAUAAACGGUGAAAUUCCGCAUGAAUGGGCGAUGACACCUUUGGGAAAACCCGAAACCAAUAUAAAUAAUAUUAUAGCUCAACCUAAUCUUGUACCUUUAGGAGGAGAUUAUACUAGUCAAGGUUAUAAAGGUUAUGGUCUGGCUUUGGCUGUAGAAAUGAUAACUGGAGUCUUGGCAGGGGGUGCUUAUGGAGAAGCCCACAGACCAUAUGGAAAUUGUACUGAUAAACCCAACCUUUCCAUGACGUUUAUAGCAGUAAACCCAGAUAUGUUUGCCGAUAGUUUUGAGGCGAGGAUGCAAAAAACUAUGAAUUUCCUAAGAAAAAUGUCACCAACUAAAGAUCCUGUUUUGGUACCUGGAGAUCCCGAGAGAUUGCACAUGCAAAAAGUUGAUAGAGAAGGCGGAAUUCCCUAUCAUCCAGUGCUGAUAGACUCGAUAAACCAAUUGGCUCACCAAGCAGGAGUGGAUCAGAUAAAAAUCGAAUAAUAUGUAACAUUUAUUACUUUUAAAAUAUAUAAAUAUG